GAAAAAUGAGAAAUCUUCCAUUCAAUUUUCUUCUUCUUGUUUCAGUUAUUUACUGGCAAAGAUGCGAAGGAUAUUCGCUGGAUAGCUAUAACACCUUUUACUCUUUUAUGAAUUCAACGAAAACUUUUUCCCGUGAUUUUUCUUGGGAUUCACUUAUUACAACUUCGAAAAGUAGAUAUGCGAAAACGUCAGCUUAUGAUAAGUUGUAUUUUAUGAAUGUAAACAUCGGGGUUCACUCAAAUACCGAAGGAAUGAUAAAUGUUCAUUUACAUUCCUCCGAAUUAAUGGAAGGAGAAAAGAUUAGACGUAGAAGGCAUUCUUUGUUUUUUAACUCUGUGGGUCAAAAUGGAAUUUCAGUUGUUAACUGGGCUAAACUUAUUCGUGAUGUUGAUUUAGAUCAUUUCUUUCUGACAGCUGAAGAGAGAAUAGAUGGAGAGCUGACACAAGUUUACAGCGAUAGUUUAUCAAAACUUACAAAUAUGAUCUUAUUUAGAUAUCUUACCAGGCAAUAUCUUUUUGGAACAAUGAUAGAAAGCAAGUCGUAUCCGGAUAGGGUCGUUUUAGCUAUCGAUGAAGUAUGUGGAAUUGGUUACGACAACGAGAUGAUUCGUAUAAGUGAGAGCGGUACUUAUUUGAUAACAUUGACUUCUUGUACUCUAAAAGGGGACUCCCUUAUAUUAUUGGUGAGAACAUCCGCCGGAAACUCUUAUUAUUUGAAAAGAACAAGGCCAACGAAGGGAAUAGAAACAGUUACUAGAUCUUUUAUCAUUACUGUAAGGGAAAGAGAUUAUUUAACGAUAGACAUACUAUCUGGUAGUCUAUCAAGUCAAUGUAAUAGAAAUUCUUUUUCAAUUUUUCAACUAAGGGAUACCCAUCACAUAUCAGCAGCGAGUACCUUACGUACUGGUAUACAAAAUACAACUCAAUUGAUAGGAUUCAAUGUAAAAAGCUCUGGUCAAGGAAUUCAUGCAAAUUUCUCAACAAACACGUAUCAUAUUCGUUCAGAUGGUUUGUAUUAUAUAUAUAUCAGCAUCGGACAACAAGCAAAUUACAAUGUCGAUGUUUCCGUCCUCGUGAAUGAUAAAACUGUCUUCGAAAUAUUAAGAUAUUACUCAUUCGACACCGGAAUUGAUGUAAUCAGCGGAUCAGCACUUCUCAAUCUUCGAUAUAAUGAUGUCAUAAAAGUGGUAAGUCACAAAAAUGCAGAUUUUGAUUCGACCAGUGGAAUGACAAACCUUAUAGCGUUUAAACUAAACUAAAAUUGUUUUGUGAACAAGAAAAUAAAAGUAUUUAUAAUAAAAAAAGUAUUUUAGAGUGAAACAAUGCAUUCUGAAUAUAUAAAACGUUAUAGUACGUUAUAGCAUUUGUGAUUUACAAAUAAUUCAAAAAGGCUAAGAUAACGGUGACAACAGAGAAAUUAAAAACAUUUCGGUUAGCGUCACUAGUGCUUUUAAUAACUUUAAAAGAUUUUGUUUUUGUUACGCAAUUCUCUUUGGAAUUAUAAUAGUGACAAGCUUUACAUUCCCAUUUAUUAUUUCCAAGCAUUUUUUCCGUUAUUUCUAGCUCAUCACCAUUAAUAUCUCUUUUAUCACCGGAUUCUAUUCCUUUCCAAGACAUUGUAGGUAAAGGGUAGCCAUUAGCUUCGCAUUUUAUCUUGUCAUUGAUUAAGUACGAGCUCUUAUCAGGGCUUACUGUCACAGUACUCACAGGGUCUGGAAGAAAAUAAAAUUGAUUAAAAUCUUUUGUAAAGUAAUGAAAUAAUAUAAAGUUUCUUCUUCUUACGUAAGAUAUAUAUAUACUUCUCCACAGAUUUUUUAUAAGAGAUUUCUUUAAUGUGAAAUUCACAGCGCAUCCUUACUUUUUCUGACCAAGUAAAAUUAAACUCAGUUUCCAUACUAAUUUGACCUGGUGUUUUUCCUGGAUCAGCAUCAAUCGUCCAUGGAUCGUCUUGGCUUCUAUUUAUACGUAGUUGGUUGUCUAAAUACAAUAAAGCUUCGGGUCUCAUAUUUUGUUUGGCUAUAUCACUUUUUUAAGGGUACCAAACGUUAUGUUGCAAGCGGCUUUGCCCAUUUCGGUUUUGUUGAAAUCUUCUUGUAAUAUAUCAAUUUUUUCCAGUACUGUUACAUAAGCUUGGUGGUCAGUGGCUUGGUACUUGCAAUAAUAUAAAUUUCCAUCAAUAUACGAGAUAUUUUUUAUUCUUAAAUUGUAAAAUCCUGAAAUUUCCAUGUAAUCUGUAGCAUCCUCCUUAGUUUUAUUUCCUUCGGACAACAAUUGUGGAAAACUAAAUCCUGGAAGUUUAGUUAUCCACCAUUGAACCGAUUUUGCACUCUCACCAGAACAUUUAAGUUCAACAUCUACACCCCUCUCAACGACAGUAUCCUGUGGUUUUACGAAGGCGUCACUAUUUCCAAUAGAUACUGCAAAAAAGAAAUAGAAAUGUUAAUUCUAUAAAAGUAAAAAGAACAGAAAACCAACGUAAUAAAGUAAAAAUGAGAGAAUUAAAAGCUUGAAUAUUCGUCAUUUUUUCAGGUAAAAUUGAAUAAAAGAAUAUGCUUAAAAAGAUUCAAGACUGUUCAAAACCA